AUGGUAUACUAUGGCGCACUUAGUAAGGGUUGCCAACAGUGUCGCCAGCGCAAGAUCAAGUGUGACGAAGGGAAACCCGGAUGUUUGAAGUGCGCAAAGUCAAAUAGAAAAUGUCCGGGUUAUCGGGAUCUCAAGGAAAUUCUUUUUAGGGACGAAUCUUCACGCAUUAUUGGGAAAGCUCGACGAGUAGCGCGCUCAGAUAUGCCGUGCGACCAGAAGACAGCGUGUUAUUAUGGACCUAAUUUGUUACAGGUAUAUCACAGAGGUUUACCCAUGUCGUAUGCACUCUCUCAAGACCCGAAUACCCUCGCUGGCAACUUCUUCUUCGCCAGGUAUAACAGCUUUAGUGGCCCUCCAUAUUGCCCCGAACCAGACUGGCUGGCCCAGUCUUACCUUGAAGAAUCGCCCAGCAAUGCCAUUCGGGAGGCCAUUGAAGCUGUCGGGUUGGCAGCAAUGUCCAACAUCUCCUACGCACCCGAUAUCGCCUACAAAGCAAAUCAACAGUACUGCAGGGCGUUGGUCGCCAUGAACCAAGCCUUAGAUGACCCAGGAACAGCGAUUGCGGAUGCAAGCCUUAUGUGUGUCAUUUUGUUAGGUCUCUUUGAGGUGGUCAAAUCCAACGAGUCGAGUCGAAGCAAUUAUUGGGCAACCCACACCGGAGGGGCGUUGGCUCUCUUGAAGCUUCGGGGCCAUGAACAAUUCACGCGGGAACGCGGCGCACAGCUUUUCAUUCAGAUUCGGUCACAAAUUCUCUUAGCUUGUAUGGAACGAAAUAUAGCCGUUCCUCCUGCCCUGGUAGAAACUACGUGUAACUUCCAAACUAGCACCGUUCGGAAACUUUGGAAAAGUCGCUCUGUGGCUAGUCCCGGUUCUAUCUGUGAGAUUUCCUUUCGACUCGUUAAUCUCCAGGCCGCCAUGGCAGGUGGUAAGAUAACCGACCCAACGGUUGUCACCAACAAAGCACUCGAUAUUGAUCAUGACCUUCAGCUCUGGGAGGCAUCUGCUCCGGCCACCUGGGGCUUUUCAGUAGUCGAUGCUGCCGAGGCUGAGGCUGGUAGCUUCCUCGCUGGGAAACGACAUGUAUACUCCAGUCUUUGGGUUGGGGAAGGCUGGAACAACUGGCGUGCUCUGAGGAUAGUUGUGAAUCAAUUAAUCCUCCGGAAUGAGCGCGCUCAGGCAGAACCUGACAGCAACCGCUUGUCUCGGUCCAGAUCCAUUGUCUGUCAACUGUCGACAGAGCUAUGCAUGUCGACAUCAGGUUUUAUAGGCUCUCCACACAUCCUUUCGCUUAUCCAACCUCUCUACCUCGUGUCGACGGAGACAUUAAACCCUCAGGCUCUGCGCUUCUUCGCUGCCGAACAGCUGCACCAAAUCGGUGUGUCGAUGGGGGUUGGGCAGGCGGCACGGUUGGCUGCAGUUGCAUUCCAGAGACUCAAGGCCAGAGAUCCUCCACUUUCGUUGCACUUUACCGAAAAGCAACACACUCCCCAUGGCAGCAAAGAGAAUUCUGGAGAGAUCGGCAUGGUAGAACAGCAAUACUGGGAAGAUAAGGCUGUGUUCAUAGCUGAAGAUAACGGCAGCAAUGUAAAUAUUCCUAAGACCUUUGAAUAAGGGUUGCAAUACUGCAACAAGGGAAAAGAUGACUAUUAUUAGGAACCUCUCUUGGUCGAU